CGAAGAAGAAGAAGAAGGGGUGAUUCAGGGGAAAUCGUUUUCAGAUCGUGAAGCUGAAACAGAGUAACAUAUCUCUUCCUCUGUUUUGACCUUGCCUCAUCAUCAUCGUCAAGCUUCUUACUUCGUCAGGCUACUCCCAUUCAAAUCAACCUCAUCUAUUUUUACCGACCUUAGGGUUCUUCUUCAGGUGGUUGGUUGGUUGAUUAGCCAUGGAACACAAUGGCUACACAAAGGAAACAAGGAAAGAACAUUUUGGGAGAAUGAAUGGUGUUGAGAGUGAGCUUGAUCCAUGGACUGCAUGGGCUUACAAGCCUCGCACUAUCUCCCUUCUCCUUAUUGGCGCUUGUCUUCUCAUUUGGGCAAGUGGAGCUCUUGAUCCUGAGAGCACUACUUCUCAUGAUAUUGUCACAUCUGUUAAAAGGGGAGUGUGGGCUAUGAUUGCUGUUUUUCUUGCUUACUCUCUGCUCCAAGCUCCUUCAACGGUUCUAAUCAGGCCACAUCCUGCAAUCUGGCGCUUAGUUCAUGGAAUGGCCAGACGUGAUGAUGCUAGGCAGUUCAUGAAGUUUCUCCACCCUGACCUUGGAAUCGAACUUCCUGAGAGAUCAUACGGUGCUGAUUGCCGUAUUUAUGUAGCUGAUCACCCAACAAACAGGUUUAAAAAUCUUUAUGACACAGUAUUUGACGAGUUUUUCUUGGCUCACAUAUUUGGAUGGUGGGGAAAAGCAAUUCUGAUCAGGAAUCAGCCGCUUCUGUGGGUGCUUUCUAUUGGUUUUGAGUUAUUGGAGCUUACUUUUCGGCACAUGUUACCAAAUUUCAACGAGUGCUGGUGGGACAGUAUUGUCCUUGAUAUCUUGAUAUGCAACUGGUUUGGUAUCUGGGCAGGGAUGCAUACUGUACGCUACUUUGAUGGAAAAACAUACGAGUGGGUUGGCAUUAGCCGCCAACCUAACAUUAUUGGCAAAGUAAGGUUUUGCUCAACCUCAAGAGUGCAUACAACAGUUUUACACUUGUUGAGAUGUUUGAAUUUUUUAUUUCAGGUGAAAAGGACACUAGGGCAGUUCACACCAGCUCAUUGGGAUAAAGACGAGUGGCAUCCUCUGCAGGGACCUUGGCGUUUUGUUCAAGUACUCACUCUUUGCAUCAUCUUCUUAACAGUGGAGCUGAACACAUUCUUUCUCAAGUUUAGCCUGUGGAUCCCUCCUCGAAACCCAGUGAUUCUCUAUAGGCUGAUCUUGUGGUGGCUCAUAGCGAUACCAACAAUACGGGAAUACAAUUCAUAUCUACAAGACAGGAAACCUGUGAAAAAGGUAGGAUCAUUCUGUUGGUUAUCAACAGGGAUAUGCAUAGUAGAACUUCUCAUCUGCAUCAAGUUUGGAACUGUUGUUGUGGUGUGGUACAAAAACAGGAUUAUACCCAACAGAAAUGCCAUUGUGGGUAGUUACACUCUGGGGAAGUGUGGGACUUGGACUUGUGGCCUUCUUGCUGGGUUGGACAUGGAAGAUCCAGAAGACGCUCGAGAGAAAGAGACGCUAAGCUCAUCACAGCAGAGGGGAGACAGUGAAAAUGCUAUUGGAGAAGAAAACAAUAUAUUUGCUGCCAUCAACAUGAUGCACUAG